ACAGUAGUCAGUGUUGUUGUUGUUGCAAUAGAGAAACAUUUCCCAUAAGCACACAUGAGACAGCAGCAAAGGGAAUAUUAACAAAAUCCAGGCAAAAAAUAUGAUGCGGAGCAAAUAUAAAUAUACAAUAUUGAGAAUAAAGCAUACAAAGCGACGACGCAAUCGAAUUACCGCCAAUCUCAUGGAAGUUCAGGCGGUAAACAAUCUGCACAGCACUGCGGCCCUGCUGUCCUCACUGCAACAAGGCAGCAAUCCCGCCAGCCCGAACUCGACGCCCAGGAAGACGGCAGCCAAGGCGGGCGGCGCCUCGGCCAAGAAGCCCACAACAGAAGUCGCCAUCCUCGAGCAGUUGAGCAAGCAGCAGCAGCAGCAGCAGGAGCGAGAGCACAGUCGCGACUGCGUGAGUCCGGCGAGCUCCAACUCGGAGCUGGAGAAGGACUUCAAUGAGUUGCGCGAAUUGAACGGCUCGCUAACGGGCAGUGGCAGCGUUGGCAAAUCAAAUGGUUCGCUUAGCGGCAACUCAUCCACCAAUUCGGCGGCACCGGGCUCCAAUGGAGUCGCGUCCACGACUCCGGCAACGAAUGGCAGCGGCCAGCAGCCGGUAGGCGCCGCCAAUGCCACCCAUCCUAAGAAACGCAUCUCGAGCAGCCGCACGCCCACACGCAAGGCGCAUCGCAUCAAAUUCUAUCGCAAUGGUGAUCGCUUCUAUCCGGGCAUCACCAUACCCGUCUCCAAUGAGCGCUAUCGUUCCUUUGAGAGCCUCUACGAGGAUCUGACGCGCCUGCUCGAGGAGAAUGUCAAAAUACCGGGUGCUGUGCGUGCCAUCUACAAUAUGUCCGGCAAGAAAAUCACCGCCCUGGACGAGCUAGAGGAUGGCCAGAGCUACGUGUGUUCCUGCAAUAACGAGAACUUCAAGAAAGUGGAGUAUAAUACCAGCUCACAGCCUUUGGCCAAUUUGACGCUGGCGAACAACAGUCGGUCCACCAAUCAGCGUCUGGCCAAGCUGCAGCGUCCCGUCUCGCCGCUAAAGAAUGGAGCGUUGGUCAACAGCACAGGCAGCAACAAUGCACCUGCGGCCAAUGGAGGAGAUAGUGCAGUGCAUCCGCGAAUCGUGACGCUGAUAAGGAAUGGUACGAAGCCACGCCGAAUAAUGCGACUGCUGUUGAACAAGCGGAACAGUCCCAGUUUCGAGCAUGUUCUGACCGCCAUAACGCAAGUGGUCCGCCUGGAUACGGGCUAUGUACGCAAGGUGUUCAGACUGUCUGGGGCAUCCGUGACGCAACUGGCUGAUUUCUUUGGGCCGGAGGAUGUCUUCUUUGCCUAUGGUACGGAGCGUGUAAACACCGCCGAGGAUUUCAAAUUGGAAGCAGAUGAGCAGCGCGCCAUCAAUGCCAUACGCAAGACACUGCGCACAGCGGGCACUACAUGCAAGGGACCCAAGCCUAAGAUGCCGGUUAAAAACAAAAAGGUUUAUCCGGCCGAGACCGCACGAGCGCGAGAAGCCGGCGAAUCUGUCACCUCAGAAGAGGACGACCAGGCGACACUACUUAGGAAUACGGGCGUUGAGAUUGGCGAUCUGCCCGUCGCUAUACGAGACAAUUACACUCUGGGCAAAAUGAUUGGCGAUGGCAACUUUGCCAUUGUGCUAAAGAUCAAGGAUCGACAGACGGGCUUGCCAUAUGCCCUCAAGAUCAUUGACAAGAGCAAGUGCAAGGGCAAGGAGCACUACAUAGAUGCCGAAGUGCGUGUCAUGAAAAAGCUGCAGCAUCCCCAUAUAAUAUCGCUCAUCAUGGACGUCGAUCAGGUGACAAACAUGUACCUGGUGCUCGAGUAUGUCAGUGGUGGCGAUUUGUUCGAUGCCAUCACACAGGUCACACGCUUCUCGGAAAGCCAAUCACGCAUUAUGAUCCGACAUUUAGGCUCGGCCAUGUCUUAUUUACAUUCCAUGAGCAUUGUGCAUAGGGAUAUCAAACCGGAAAAUCUUCUGGUGGAACUGGACGCGUCUGGUAAUGUUGUCCAACUAAAAUUGGCCGACUUUGGACUGGCCUGUGAGGUAACCGAACCGCUCUAUGCCGUGUGCGGCACUCCCACCUAUGUGGCGCCCGAAAUACUGUUGGAAGUGGGUUACGGCUUAAAGAUUGACGUUUGGGCUGCUGGCAUCAUAUUGUACAUACUGCUCUGCGGUUUUCCGCCUUUUGUUGCGCCUGAUAACCAGCAGGAGCCGCUGUUUGAUGCUAUCAUCUCGGGCGUUUAUGAGUUUCCCGAUCCCUACUGGUCGGACAUUGGCGACGGUGUGCGCGAUCUAAUCGCCAAUAUGCUGCAGUCAGAUCCGGAUGUUCGUUUUACCAGCGAAGAUAUACUAGAUCAUUAUUGGACAAUGGACAAUGAGAAUAACGGCUGCGGUGGUGGCGAUGGUGACUUUAGCAGAUGAAUCGUAGCCGUUUGGGGUGUUUAAGCAGCAGUUACGCCUCGAAAGACGACAUCUAGUAGUUUUUGUAUUAUGUAAUUUAGCGCUAUUCUAUAGGCCUUAAUUUAUUAUUUAUACAAAUUAACACUUAAACUACGGCACACAUUGUCGUUAAGAAAGAGCAACAACAAACGAACUAGAGGACAUAGAACAACGUGAACGGAACAGAAAGACGUUGCAGACAGUUUUCAGAAAUUCCAAUUUCCAGACCGUUUACGGUUCGCUACUUUAUAUUCUUUCAACGCAUAUAUAUAUUUUUUAAAGAAAGGUACAUUUACAUACAUACAUAUAUUUUAUUGGU